AUUUUGCAUGUGGGCAUGGACAUCAGCGAUAUCCAAUGGCUGCAGAAAGUUGUCCCUUUAGCAUAUAAAGCUCUAAAAACGCUGUCAAGUUGUCCAAAGAGAUUGUGUCCAACAUCGACUUCACAGCUGUUAUCAUCUUCUCCGUUAAUCGAACAGCAGGAGGAAACAGCAGUACCCGAAAGCAGCAGCAAAAGGCGGCGUAAAAUUCAAACACUUCACAGUGGCAGACAACGUAGAAUUUGGGUGAGGAAGGAGAAUCUCAGCCGGGAUGUAGACGGGCUCUUUGCUACCGCUUUCUACAAUGCACGUAAUCAGGAAGAAUUUUGCAUGCGCACCGGCAUGACGCCACAGGUGUUUGAUAUGCUCUUCAGUUUGGUUGGCGAGCAAUUGAAUAAAAAUUCCAUACGCAGGCCAAUAUCUCCAGAAUGCCGAUUGUUCCUGACCUUGGUAUACUUGACCAAUGUGGAGAGUAUUCAGGAUUUGUCAAAGGCCUUUGAAAUGGGUAGCUCCACGGUGCGUGCCGUUGUACCGGAAACCAGCGAAGUUCUAUGGAAUACACUUGAGCCAGCAUUUAUGCCACAACCCAAUUGGAGCAAUAUUGUCGAGGGCUAUCAGCAGACAUGGGAAGUGCCCCAUUGUCUAGGAGCCGUGGAUGCCAAGCUACUAGACGUGGACUACAAGGGAGCAAAUGAUAUCAUACUGCUGGCCAGCUGUGAUACAAAUCUUAACUUCACCUGCAUUGACAUUGCCACAGUGACAGAUGCUGUUGACAACCAACUCCAUUGGCAUUAUGAUUUUGGAUCUCAGUUACUUGAUCUACAGCUGGUCAAUAUAUUACCACCAGAACCAUUGCAAAGUGGAAAAGACCAGAAGGAUCAAGAAAACUUUGUGUAUACCUUUAUAGCAGAUUCUUCGUUUCCCAUGCGAGAGCAUCUUAUAACACCCUAUAAGUCCAGAUAUCUGGAUUUCGAUCAGUUUCAUUUCAAUCGGCAUUUAUCUCGUGCUCUGGCUGGCAGCAUUGAUAAGGCCUUUAAUUUGUUGCUGUCUCGCUGGCGUCUCUUAUCACAGCCACUACGUCAGAGUCCGAGCAAUGCUGAGAAAAUAGUUAGAGCCGCCGUGGUGCUGCAUAAUUUUGUCAAGCAACACGAGGAAACAUACUGUCCAGUUGACUACUUGGAGGAGUUGUCAAUGUGCCCAAUCCAACAGAAAGUGCCAAAUUCAUUGUUAUCCAGCUGUGAGCAGCGCUUAGUCAAUUGCAAUGCGACAAUUCGAUUACAAGACUGCAUGAAAAAUUUAUUAAGCGCCAAGUUGGAGUCAACUGCGUAGAAUAAUUUAUUUAUAAGCUUUAAUUGAGUAAUAUGACGCAAUUCCCAGGAGGAUUGACAAAUCGAAUGUACAUGACUCACGUCCCACGUAUGCACAUAAAUUAAUUGUUAGAGUCGUGCUUUCAACGUUAUACUUGAUGGGACUUUAUUGACAUUAACAUUUAUCGUAAUAAUAGCAAAAUACAUUGGUAAUAAAAUCA